AUGUCUCCGGUUGCAGAAGCAGGUCUUGAGGGCGCGGUCUUGGAUGGACAGGUCAAACCAUUCCCUCUCCCAUCCAAGGCCCCACAAGUCCCUUGCCUGGUCACCGACUUGAUUCAUUACCAAGUGCAGCAGAACCCUCAAGCAACUGCGGUAGAGGAAGAGAACAACAGAGGUUACACAUAUGGCGAGCUCUGGCAGCUCGUCGAGCAAAUUGCGGCCAAGGCCGACUUUGCUCCCGGGGAGAUCAUCCCAGUGUGUAUGGACCUUACAGUUGUCUUUGUGGCCUCGCUGUUAGCCAUCAUGCUCCGCGGAGCUGCCUACGUGGUGCUCGACCCUGCUGGUUCGGCCGGACGGAACCAGAGAAUUGCUGAUGACUGUGGUGCACCCUAUGUGAUGGUGAAUGAUAAUUAUGUUGGGACUUUCACUCGAGCUCUUGCUAUUGAAGCUCUCCUGGCAGAGCCUACCUCGACCCCAUCCCAGCAGACCUCUGGGGCUACGCCCUCAGACCUGGCGUACCUCGUAUACACCUCCGGAUCUACGGGAAACCCAAAGGGUGUAAUGGUCAGCCACCGGGCGGCUUCCCUUGGGAUCAGUGAAUUUGACCUACGAGGACACCGCCGGUGGUUGCUCUUCUACAACCCCGUCUUUUCCGCCGCACAACGAACCGUCUUGGCCACCCUUGCAAAGGGUGCGUGCCUAUGUCUGGCUCGACGGGAUCGCUUGGCCGCAGCACUGCCGGCAGUGCUGAAGAACCUCAAGGUCGAUGCGCUGGGUAUCACCCCGUCUGCCUUGUCGUUACUCUCUCCCACAGAAAUCCCGAAUUCUCUCCAGCAAGUGACCACCGUCGGAGAGCCACUGAGUUCAGGUUUGGUAGAGGCCUGGGCCGAUCGAGUGCAUCUUCGCGUCUCGUAUGGGCUGAGUGAAUGUGCGCAGCUCAACUUCUCCCGCCAGCUGCAACCAGGCGAUAAUGCCCGCAACCCUGGACGUCCAGUCGACACCACCAAAGCCGUGAUCUGGGAACCCGGCACGACGCAACAAUUACCAACGGGCACUCCUGGAGAGCUCUGUCUCUCAGGUCCUCAGGUUGCCGAUGGCUACUAUCUCCGGCCUGAGGAAACAGCUGCAGCUUUUACUGAGGAUCCUGCCAAUCCCAAUCACAUUGUUUUCCGCACGGGAGACCUCGCGGUUCAUCGUGCUGACGGCUCCUUCGAGAUUCUGGGCCGGAUUGAUCAGCAAAUCAAAAUUCAUGGCCAGCGCGUCGAGCCGGGGGAGGUUGCCUCGACGCUCCGCACUGGAGACGGGGCUGUAGAUGCUGUCUGUAUUGGAGCCUAUAUCCAUGACAAACCGUCCUUGGUCGCAGCUGUCAUUCCAGAGCCUCAGAUUGGCUGGGCGGAUCUCGUCCAGAGUCUCCGAGACCAGGCACGACGCGAGCUACCCUCGUACAUGGUGCCUAGCUACUGGCUACAAUGCCAGGAGUUCCCCGUCAACGGCAACGGAAAGAUCGAUCUGCGCGCCAUCCGGAAAGCUGCUGAACUAACUCCUGUGGAAGACCUUCUGGGUCGGGAUGCUACCUCAUUGCAUGGGUCGGAACAUGUCUUCACGGAGAUCGCACGCGAAAUCGUGGAUGUUUGGGCCAGACAUCUCCAUGUCACCGCAGCGUCCAUCUUGCCGACCGAUUCGUUCGUCGCUCUCGGUGGCAGUUCCAUUGAGGCAAUCCAGGUCCUUCGAGACCUUCGGAUCCGAGGAGUCCAUGUUCAACUCGCGGACAUGAUGCAGUCUCAGACCGCGGAGGACGUCGCCGAUGCCGCUCAAGUCAGCGCUACGACCGGCAGCUCUGGUGAAACCAAGGUGCCCGAGCCCUUUGCCCUGCUGACCGACGCCUUCCUCAAGGACAAACUCCUGGCCGACAGAGGAGCGGUGGAUGCAUUCCCUGCGACGGCGUUACAGGAAGGAAUUCUCGCCAGUACACUCCAGGGAAACCCCGAAUACCUCUACCAGCGCGUCUUCGACGUUCGUCACCUUGACCUAGUAAGGCUACAGCUUGCAUUUCGGGUGGCCUUCUGGCACAGCGACCUUCUCCGCUCCACCUUUGUUGCGGCUAUUCCAGGGUUUGCGCAAGUAGUGCGCACCGACUUUCAACUGCGCUGGCUGGAGGGGACAAUGGCUCUCUCUCGGUAUCUGGCGAAAGAUAAGAAAGAAGGGGUAACUCUUGGUCAGCCUUUUAUGCGAGCCGCGGUUCUUAAUGGAGGACUGCUGGUGGUCUCCGCUCCGGAGGCCCGGGUUCCCUGGGGAUCGUUCGUCGCCUUGUUGCAGCAACAGCGCCACGAGGAGGAAUCGCAGGUGUUCUGGAAGCAGCAUCUGGCUGAGGCGGAACCAACAAUCCUCAACCACUCUCCGGUGGCCGAAACAUCGGUCAUGACUCGAACCCUUCCAGUCAACCUCCGGGCAGCGGCCGCCGCCCUCCAGGCUCCCAAAAGCGCCAUCCUGUAUGCGGCAUGGGCCUUGAUCCUCUCAUCCUAUACGGCCUCCAAGACCGUCACUAUGGCGACGGUUAUGUCCGGGAGAGAGCAGCCGCUGGCCGGGAUCGACCGACUUGAUGGUCCAACCCUCGCAGUGGCACCUCUCGCGGUCCGGGUGGGCCCCAACCAGUCGUUGGCUCAGCUCGUUCAGGCUGUGAAUGCCGAUAUUUGGCAGACCACCAAGUACGCACACGCUGGUCUCCGUGGUGCGCUCUCCGCUGCUGGGCACCAAGGCGAUGCCGCAUUGUUCGACACCCUGGUCAAUAUCCUUGUCCGAGGGCCUGGGCGACAGGCCGUAACGGAGGAAGUAUUCCAGCAGUUUGGCCCAAAGCCGGUUUGGAAGACCGAAUUCACGACGUUGAAUAUCGAGGAGGGAGCGGCGGGGAUCGAGGUGACCCUUGUCGGCGCCUUGGAAGUGCGCCAGCUUGGGUUCAUCAUCGAGCAGUACUGCCGUGCGGUUCAGACCAUCAUUGGGGCUCCCCGCCGUGCUGUGGACUCGAUCGACCUACUCGGCGAGGAGGAGCUUGACUUGCUGCUCGGUUGGAACGAAGACACUCUGUCGGCCCCGAGGACCCUCCACGGCCAGUUCGAGCACAUUGCGGGCGCGUAUCCGUCCCGAGUGGCGGUCAACUGGGCGAACGAGAAGCUUCUGACUUAUGCCGAGCUGAAUGAGUUGGCCAACCGAAUGGCCAAUUUCCUGUCCGAGCGUGGCGUGUCCUCCGGGGACCUCGUCCCGAUUCUCUUGGAAAAGUCGCCUGUCCUGAUCACGGCAAUUCUGGCGGUGCUCAAACUCGGCGCGGCCUAUGUGCCGUUGAGCCCGGAGAAUCCAGUCGAGCGCAACGCUUUCAUUGUUCGUGAUGUUGGCGCCCGCGUAAUUCUCACCGAGACGGAGCACGCCUCGUACUUCGCCUCCAAGCCCGAGGAUGAGAAGGAGGAAGAUGCAAUCCCCCAAGUUUUGGUCGACACGGCCAGACUUUGUGCGUAUUCGACGGAGCAGCCGGAGGGCGAGGUUUCUCUCGACGCGAUGGCAUAUAUCAUCUACACCUCCGGCAGUACCGGCCAACCUAAGGGAGUGAUGAUUCACCACCGGGGCUGUGCGGCGGCGAUGCAGUCCAUCAUCGCCUUCGAGAAGCGAGACCAGCGACCGUUCAAGCAACUCCAGUUCUCGAACUAUAUCUUUGACGCCUCGGUCUAUGACAUCUUUGCGACCUUGCACAGCGGUGGAACGGUCUGCCUGGCCUCGUCGGAGCGCCUCCUUGGAGACCUGGCCGGCGUCAUCCGGGACAUGGGAGUUAACCAUCUCUUCCUGACGCCUACUGUCGCGCGUUUGCUGGACCCCAAGGCGGUCCCUACGCUGGAGUCUAUCACAGUGGGCGGAGAACCCUUGACCCCGGAUGUGGUAGCGACGUGGGCGUCCAAAGUCACACUCAUCAAUGCGUACGGCCCUACCGAGACAUCGGUCAUGGUAACCAUGAAGAACUUCACGGAGACGGACCGCACUGGGAACAUUGGAACCGUGUUCCCCACCGCAGGGCUCGUGAUCCUAGAGCAGGACGGGGUUCGCCCGGUUCCUUACGGCGCAGUGGGCGAGCUGUGCUUCUGGGGACCGCAACUGUCUCGGGGCUAUCUCAAUCGGCCGGAGACGACGGCCGCAGCGUUUGUACAUAGCGACAUCCGUGGCGGCCAGCGCUUGUACCGCAGCGGGGAUCUGGGCCGAUACAUUCCUGGGGGCGACAUUGAGUGCCUGGGCCGCAAGGACGACCAAGUCAAGAUCAACGGCCAUCGCAUUGAACUGGGAGAGAUUGAGCAGGCGAUCAUGCGGACAGAUGAGGUUCGAGAGUGCGUUCUCACGGUCUGGAGAAAGAACAACACGGCGCACCUGGUGGCGGUGGUGGCCUUCGAUUCCCAAGUGGACGCAGCAGAAGACGAGGGGGACAAUCACCGGAUCCUGUCCUUGGAUGUGGUCAGCGACGAGAUGCAGAGGAUGAAGACCAAGCUGAAAGGACUGGCCCAUUACAUGUUCCCCAAAUUCCUCUUGCCCCUUCCUGCCUUCCCGCGGCUGCCGUCUGGGAAAGCCGACCGCAAGCAGCUCAAGGCGCGCGUGCAGGCGCUGAGCCAGGCGGGGCUGACUCCGUUUGCCUUCGAUGCCAUCGGGGCGGACCAAUUACAGGCUGUGAUCCCGGUAGUCACCCGGGAGCAGAAGGUGUUGCAUGAAGCAUGGGUCACGGUGCUGCAGCUGCCCCACGGGGAGUUUGGUCUGGAGGCAAGCUUUUUGGGCCUGGGAGGCGAUUCGAUCGCGGCCAUCAACCUGGUCAGCUGGCUGCGACAGGAGGGAUACAGUCUUGCGGUGCGCGAUGUCCUCCGAUUCCCCGUGCUGGAGUCGAUGGCAUCGCAGCUCGUCCGCAGCGGCGAUGAUCAGGAAGACCAGCAACCAGCAGCCGGCAUCCUCUUCUCCCCGCCUCCCGAAGUUCAGGCGGCUGUUGAAGAUGCCAUCGAGGCGUAUGAGGCAAUCUACCCAUGUCCUCCGGGGCAAUCCGAGUUUCUCGCCCAGGGCGCGCGAGCCGAGCCGUUCUGGUCGCUGAUGACCGUGCGCUCGUUGGGUUAUGAUAGCGAUCCCCUUCAAUGGCUGGCCAUGGCCAAGCGAUUGACAGAGACCAACGACAUCCUGCGUACUACUUUCUUGAAACACCAAGACCAGUGGUACGGCGUGGUGCUACCGGACGCCACUCCGAUCGUGGAAUUCUACAACGCCAGUAGCGCUGAGGAACGGACACACAUCCUCGAUGCGAUCUGGCAGCAGCGGUUCGAGUUUGGCAAACCCUUCAUCCGCUAUGGCAUGAUCCGGAUGGCCGACGGGGAGAUGCAGGUGGUCAUCAAGCUCGACCACGGGCUGUACGACGGCACCCUGCUGCGGGUCUUCGACGCGCACUGCCAAAAGUACCAGCGUGACGAGCCAGUCGAUCCGUUCACCAGCUUCCAGGAUUUCGCCCUGCACAUCUGGCAGCGCAACCAGACGCAACGGACCCUCGCCUUCUGGCAGCAGCACGACAAACGGCCGAUCCGCUUCCACCUGGCCCCGGCCCGUCCCCAACACACCCAGCAAGAACAGGUCCGGGUCACCAGCGUCGCCGUCCACAUGAUCGAACACGCGCAGCUGGACCAGUACAGCCGCGCGCACGGCGUGACCGUCUCGAUCCUGUUCCAGACCAUCUUCCAGCUGUGGCUCGCCCGCCGCAGCGGCCAGCAGGCGGUAGCCUUCGACUACCUCACCACGGGCCGCAACAUCGACUUGCCCGAUCCGCAGGGCAUCAACGGCACCUGCGCGAACUUCGUGCCGAUGCGGUCCGACGUGGCCCCGGGCCUGUCGCUGGCGGACUUCCUGCGCCGCACGCAGGACGCGUUCUGGCAGUACACGGAGAACAGCACCGUGGCCAUCGCGGACAUCUACCGCGCGGUGGGCCUGUCGCGCGCGGCCGACCGCAACCAGGCGCUGUUCCUGUUCCAGCCGUUUGAACCCGCCGCGCCAGCUGCUGGGCCGGAUGUGUACCCGCGGUGGCUGGUCAUGGCGCGGUCGGAGGUGCGCAUGCCCGAGCCCUAUGCGGUGGUGUUCGAGGUCGGUCGCACGGCGCAGCCGGAUCGGUAUCGGGUCAAGUUCGCGUAUGACGGGUCGUUCUGGACGGCGGAGGAGACGGCGCGGGAGCUGGCGACGGUCGGGCGGAUGGUGGGUCGGGCGGUCGAGGAUCCUGCUGUGAGUGUUGGGGAGCUUCUGGAAGUUUGACGGUGAAGAUGUUGUGGAGGUGUCUGACUGGGUUCUGUUGUCAUGGAAAUAGGGGGUCGAGACUCUGUAGGCGGACUUGCAGGGAGAUGCAGUUGCGUUUGGUGUUGUGUUGUGUUGUGUUGUAUCAUACCAUGUGUUCUUCUCUUGUCGAUGCAUAAUUGUAUCUAUCUUCUCCAAAUCUGAUACGCUGGAGGUCUAGUGUCUAAGAGCGGCUACGCUGAACAGUG